CCAGAUCCCAGCAGCAUCUCCAGCAGGACAGCCUCGGGGAGGUCAUGGAGCAAUUCUUCGUUUCUGUGGGGCUGCUUGUGUGCCUGGUUUGCCUGCUGAAGUGCGUGAGGCUUUCCCAGUACCUCCUGCUGCGCUCCUGGAAGGUUUUACCAAGGUCUUUCCUGCAAUCCAUGGGACAAUGGGCAGUGAUCACCGGAGCAGGAGAUGGAAUCGGGAAAGCUUACUCAUUUGAGCUGGCCAAACAUGGACUCAACGUUGUACUUAUCAGCCGGACACUGGAAAAGCUACAGGCCAUUGCAGAAGAGAUUGAAUGGACCACUAGAAGCCGUGUGAAGAUUAUACAAGCAGAUUUUACCAAAGAAGACAUCUAUGAUGAUAUUAAAGAAGAACUUAAAGGAUUAGAAAUUGGAAUUUUAGUCAACAAUGUUGGAAUGCUCCCCAGCCUGCUCCCAAGCCAUUUCCUGAACACUCCUGGGGAGAUCCAGAGCCUCAUCCACUGCAACAUCACCUCUGUAGUCAAGAUGACACAGCUUGUUCUCAAACACAUGGAAUCAAGGAGGAAAGGCCUCAUCUUGAACAUUUCUUCUGGGAUAGCCCUUUGUCCCUGGCCUCUGUAUGCCCUGUACUCGGCUUCCAAGGCUUUUGUGUGCACAUUUUCCAAGGCCUUGCAUGUGGAAUACAGAGCUAAAGGAAUCAUUAUCCAGGUGCUGACUCCUUAUGCUGUCUCAACUCCAAUGACAAAGUAUCUAAAUACCAACAUGGUGACCAAGACUGCCGAUGAGUUUGUUAAAGAGUCCUUGAAAUAUGUCACGAUUGGAGCUGAAACCUGUGGCUGUCUUGCUCAUGAAAUCUUGGCAAUAUUUCUGAACCUGAUCCCUUCCAGAGUCUUCUAUAGCAGCACCUUCCAGAGAUUCCUCCUAACACACUACUCAGAUUACCUGAAGCGCAACAUCAGCAACAGAUAGCAGGGGUGGGGGUGGCAGGUGGUAGUGGGAGAUGGGAGAUGGGGGGUAGGGCUAGGGUGAGGGUAGUGCGAGGUAGGGCUGGAGGGGGUGUUAAGAGAGUGAUCUAGAUCUCUUCAUUGGUGGUAGUGGCCAGAGGAGCACAUCACCCUUCACUUGCUGAAGGGGAGCCUGCUACACACAGUGCACAGUGGUUUGAGUCUAGAAAUCUCAAGAAAAGCUGGGGUGUAAAAGGGUGUAUUUUCUAUAAAAGGGAAGCUGGCAUUAAGGGUAACUCUAAAAGAAGCCCCGUAAAGGUAAUAAAUGUGCUGAAAAGAAA